GUUCCAACCGUCUCCUAUCGCUCCUGGAAAUGUAAACUUUUCCGGAUUUCACUUGUUUCAAAUUUGGCCCUGCCAGCGGCCUAAGUAGCCAAUGAAAAGGGAAAUACGCACUGAGAUGUCAGCUUACAUUCCUGCGCAUGAGCGAUGACCCGAGCGGAAACCGGAGCCGGGAGGCCGGGGCGUGGCCCGAGCGUGGAGAUUCGGCGCAUGCGCUCAGCUCGCUCUGUGCGGCUGCCGCCGGGAGGCACCUGGAGUAUGUCGGCCCCUGUCGAGGAGCGCAGUGGGGUGGUUCCGUGCGGGACGCCUUGGGGCCAGUGGUAUCAGACCUUGGAGGAGGUGUUCAUUGAAGUGCAGGUGCCGCCCGGCACUCGCGCCCAAGAUAUCCGGUGCGACCUGCAGAGCCGGCACGUGGCGCUGGCGGUGGGUGGCCGCGAGAUCCUCAAGGGCAAACUCUUUGAUUCUACAAUAGCUGAUGAGGGAACAUGGACUUUGGAGGACAGAAAAAUGGUUCGUAUUGUUCUUACAAAGACAAAGAGAGAUGCAGCAAAUUGUUGGACUUCUCUUCUAGAAUCUGAAUACACAGCUGAUCCUUGGGUGCAAGACCAAAUGCAGAGAAAACUUACAUUAGAGAGAUUCCAGAAAGAAAAUCCUGGUUUUGACUUCAGUGGAGCAGAAAUCUCAGGAAACUACACGAAAGGUGGACCAGAUUUCUCAAAUCUGGAGAAAUAGCUAUUUUUUGCUGCAUUCUGUGGACCCUAGCAGAUGUUGCCAACUUGUUCAAAGGAACAGAUUAUAUGGUAGAAGAAAAAUGUGGAUGCCUACAGUAACAAAUUGCAAAAUAUAUUUAAGUAUGGUUCUAAAAAUUGCUUUCAAAUAUGAUUUACAUAGGGAACCUCUUAAAUACUGUGGUAACUAUUCUAUUAAUAUAUGAUAACUUUUUUUGGACUUGGUUUUGCUCAGCAUGAAGUUUCAUAUGAUGCAUUUUGCUAAUUUCAUAUUUAACCUAUAUUUUUAAUACAAAAAUUGUUAGGGUAUAGAUCAUAAUGAAAAGACAGGGUGCCUUCAGGGAAAAUUAAUUUUUUUCUUCUAAUAAGUGUGAUGUAGGAGUAAUGUUCAAUAAACUUUAAAAUAGGAAUUGUGUACCCUUUUGGCUAAGUAUACCAGUCCACACAAGGAAAUUAUAUUAAUGAAAAUUUUAGGAAAGAAAAAAAUCCGCAAGUAUAUUCUGAGUAAGUGAACUUUAAGAGUUAAUGAAAAUCUCUGAAUUAGGAUAUUAUUUCUUGAGAGAUCACUUUAUGUCAAUAAACUGAAAAGUAGUUAACCUCACAGUAGGAAUGGAUUAAUAUGAAAAGAGAUUUGGUGAAGUGAGUAUGAUUAUUGGCCAAGUGUGUUGUUAGCACCAUAAAACAAAUUAUGGUCAAUGAUUAUAAAUCAGUGACAUAAUUUUGAUCUUCAGUGAUCCAGACAUAGAAGUAAGAAUUGUCUUGAAAUUUUAUUUCAUCCUUUUAUCUUUUUUAUAAAAAAAAUUUAAACAAUCUCAAAUGUAUAGAAUAGUUACAACUAAAGAACAUAGAAUUGCUUUUUUUCCUCAACCAAUUUGUGUAAGUUGAUGACAUGAUGCCCAAUUACCUCUGUGUACCUUAGUGUGUAUUUCCUUGAAAGGAAACUCUUACAUACUACAAUACAACCUUUAAAAGCAGGAAAUAAGCAUUGUCACAUUACAACUAUCCAAUUCUCAGACCUUCAUUCCUUUCAAGUUCAAUUGUCCCAAUGUCUUUUAUAGCAAAGGGGUACAGUCAGAAUCAUGCCUUUCCUUUAGAUGUCACAUGUCUUAACUGUGCUUAAAUCUGGAACAAGUCCUCAUUUUCUCCUUGACUUUUACAACCUUGGCACUUUUGAAGAUUACAGACUUUUUUUUUUUUUUUUACAACAUUCCUCAAUUUGAAUUUUGUCUGAUAUUUCUUUAUAGGUUCAGGCUUUGCAUCUUUGGCAGGAAUGUUAAAGAAGUGAUGCUGUGUUCUUAUUGCAUCCUACCAUGAGUUAAUUUUAAUUUGUUCUUUCUCUUCUGGUGAUUACUUAAAUUACUGUUUAAGCCCUAACCGGUUUGGCUCAGUGCAUAGAGCGGCGGCCUGCAGACUGAAGGGUCCCAGGUUCGAUUCCGGUCAAGGGCAUGUACCUUGGUUGCGGGCACAUCUCCAGAAGGGAGUGUGCAGGAGACAGCUGAUCGAUGUUUCUCUCUCAUUGAUGUUUCUAACUCUCUAUCCCUCUCCCUUCCUCUCUGUAAAAAAUCAAUAAAAUAUAUUAAAAAAAUAAAUUACUGUUUAAGUGAUACCUGCUAGUCUUCUCCAUUGUAAAGUUACUCUUUUUAUGUGUAUAAUUGAGUACUUUGUGGAAGUUAGUUUCAAAUUAUGUUUCUUACUAAACUUUCAUUUUAUUGAUAUCUUUAUGGACUCAUUGUUUCCUACUUUAUUCAGCAGGUUAAAAUCAAUUAUUCCUAUUACUUUGAUUCUCAAAAUUUUUCUAGAUUUGGCCAGUGCCAGACCAUUCUAAGUGGCUUCUAUGUCCUUUUGACAUGUCCCCAUUAUUAUCUGAGCAAUUUCUUAAUCUGUCACAAGGCAUACUAGGCUUAUUAUGCUUUCUCUGCCCUAGCCCAAGAAUCAGCAAUUUUUCCAUGGAAUCUUGGUUUUCAUUCAUGGAGAAUGGUUUUUAGAAGUGAGCAAUUACUGUUGAUGUUUGUAUAGUGCAUACAUUUACAUCUAUAUUUAUAUGUAUUGAAAACUAUGUUGUUCACACUUGGUUUUUAGUAUAGUCACUUUCAUUUCUAAUCUCUUAGGGUCAUUUUUGUUUUCUCUCUGUAAUUCCUUUCAACAAUAGUGAGAAACCUGAUUCUGUUAUCCUUAAUGUAUUUGGUUCCCUAUUCUAGGCCUUGUUGCUAUGAAUGAACGCCUUCUCUCACUGUGUUUAGGCUCCAGCACCCUAUGCCAAUGAUAGCCUUCUCACCUGGGACCCUUACCCUCCACACUGGGCCACUGCAGCCCAGCCACUCCCUAUGUUCAUGUUACCCAGUAACUUUAGGAGUGAAAUUAUGGGGAAAAGGCUUUUUUCUUGUAAUUGGCUUCUCAUUUUAACAUUUUAAAAAUAUUUUAUAAUUUGAAUAAACAAAGUAAAAUGAACUUUUUUGUUUGUAGUUUUGUGAAUUUUAACAUGUAGAAAUAUGUUACCUCCAAAAUCAGGAGAUUGAACUGUUCAAUCACAAAAAUGCCUUCAUACUAGAUUUGUCUUUUUAACAAGUUCAUGUAAAUGGAAUCAUGUGCUAUCUUUUUUUAAAAAGAGCUUUAUUGCGAUUAAAUUCAUUUUACCCAC